AUGGAUUUUCAGCCCAUUUGCGCCAACUGGAAACCUGAGAGCACCACUUGCAAGAAGAUCGGCACCUCCGCUUGCAAAAAUUGUCAACUCAUCACGCGCGAUUGCAAGUCAUUCCUUGGAAUGGACAUUUGGAAGCCUGACUGGGUACUGGAGGGCCGAACACCAGCGUUUGUUGGUAAUGGACCACCGCAAGUACAUUUUGGCGGUCGAAAGUACCUUUGGGGCAACGUUCCCGCCUACGAUGUCCUACGACUCGGAUCCAAUGAGGGAGAAUCUUACGGCAAGAACUUACAGCUCUUGUUUGCUGCUUCUGGAGACCUGAGAAACGUCAUCACGACCAUUGCCCGGCUUCCCAAUAGCUACAAGAAUUCCAUCGAGUUGACGAUCAAUGACAACGAUUUUGAUGUUGUGGCACGCAAUGUCAUAGUACUUAUGGUUGCUCUCGUCGUCGAAAACAUCGACCAAGCCGCCGACUGCAUGAUUCAUAUAUGGUAUUCGGCCUUGAUCCGCAAGUCGGAUCUUGAUGUGAUCGAGCAACAUGUCCGUCCACUCAUAGAAUCUGUCUGUCGAAAGACUGAAGGGAAGACUGCCAGCAGCCUUUUGGCGAAGACCUGGACAUUUGGACAUCGCUCACUGAGGCUUGUGUUGCAAAAGAGCAUGUGGGAUGCGCUGCAGAGGUUCGUACACUGUCAGAAUGGAUUCACGGCUGAUGAAGCCCAUGCCAUUCGAAAGUCUGUCACGCUCGCCGAAGGCAGGAAGGACUACCGAGAUCGCUAUCUGUCGUUUCAAAAGAAUUUCCAUCGAGUCGCUCUGACACGAUUCCGUGAAGACGGACUGUUGCUUCCAUUCGGAACACCGCGCGACGACUUCAAACAUCCUAACCCGCAAACCUGGCCUAUGACGGAUAAUGCCGAUCCACUCUCCGGGUGGUCCUCAAAAGCAGUUCACCAGACCCACAUUGGACACGCGAAGGCGGAUAUCUAUGGCAAACUAUUCGCCUACCUCCGCAAACUGUUUCGAUCUUUCCUGCACCGUCUCUCCUGCCAGCAGCAGUUCUCGUUCCGUAUGCACCAGGUCAACGCGUCCGCUCUCGGUGAAUUUCUUGAGAUGGGCUCGUACAGUCGGAUUGAGAGCACAGCCACAAACCCCCACGCAACUCUGAUCACUUUGUUCAUGAAUGCUGUGGACGAGACUCAACAUUUCGACUCUAAAGGGGGUCCCCGCAAUAGCCCACAUGACCCAGCGAUCAAGCGUGCCAUGGCUUAUUUAUCUGUCUCCCCGGCGUCGCUCACUGCUAACAAUCCCAUGAUCUUCAAACUCUUGCUUGCCCGGGAUAGCGUCUCAAACCAUGACAACACAUUCGACCGGUACGUGAAGAACUCUGGAUUUGCCGAAGCUGCUGAGCGUGCGGGAGCCACAAGGAAGAAGAAAAAUACCGUGGUUGAGGAUUGGCCGUUCAAGUUGAAGCUCCGGCCUGGACAGCCUGGAGCUCAAGACGAGUUUGACCGUCUCAUUUGCGGGGCAGUUUCAAGCAAAGAGCGUUAUGUGGAGUGGAAGAAGGUGUGA